AUGUUCAAUGAACCAAUUUCACCACCCUCUUCAACACCCUCAUCCCCACCUUACUACACCAUCUCCUCUGACUCAGAACCUUAUGAUCCCCAAUCUCUCACCUUGGCUCAACUUCAGGCUCGUGCACUUGCCACACAACAAAAAUCUGAACCAGAAGCCAACAUUCCUCCACCACAUGAACAACCAACAACACCACCAUCUGAACAACCCACACCACCACCAUUUGAACAACCAACACCACCACCAUCUGAACAACCAACAACGCCACCAUCAAAACAACCAAUAACACCACCAUCUGAAACUCCCAUUGUAACACCCUUUGAAAACAUUAUUAUCCCUACCUCUGAACCUCCCACUGAAACUACCCACACACCACCGGCAUCUCCAUCCCCCACUCCUGAACCAGAACCUACCUUCCCCACCCUAGAAGAAGCAAUUACUUUAUUUGUUGAGUCUUUAGUGGAGAAGAUCAGAUCGCUAUCUGAAAAUUCUGGUAUUAGUGACAAUCCCUCUGCAGUGAGGAUUCACUAUAACAGAGUGAUCAGAUGGAUGACCUCUGAGGUUUUAAAACUGAAAGGCCUCUUUGAACAAGUCCGCAGCGACUUCAUUAGAGAAGCUGGAGAAAGGCUGCAGGCAUGUCUAGUCAGAGAGGCAGAAGAGAAGGCCAAAAGAGAAGCAGAAGAGAAGGCUCGUCUAGAAGAAGAGAAAAGGGUCAGAGAAGCUGCAGAGAAGGCUGUGCUGCUGCGGCUGCUGCUGAAGCGGAAGCAAAAGUAA